AUGUGGAAUUUUCAAUGGCAAUACAUAUAUGUUCUCCUUAUAUACAAUACCGUGCCACACUUCGUCGCGAACUGGCCAUUAUUGAAUUCGUCCGGGGUACAAUUAGCAGGUAUCUUUUACGAGGAUUCGAACACCACAGAAUCGACAUCAUGGUCUCGCCAGUGUCGUGCAAUGUUCCAAUCGGCGAUAGUACUGGCUCAGAAAUACAAUAUAACUGUUGACGGGCAGUUUAUCGGCUGGCAGACGAUUAGGAGUGAUGGCAAUUCGAUAAAUACUUUGAGCAGCACGUGCCGGCUAGUGCCGAAUUCAAACAUUGUUGGUGUUGUCGGGCCACCUUUUUCAAGAGAAUCUCAUUUUAUGGCUCCGUUUGCUGCUCAACUUCGUAUCCCUAUGGUGUCCUAUGCUUCGACUGAUCCUGAUCUGUCCGAUCGACAGACAAAUCCCAGUUUCUAUCGUACGCUUCCUGCAGAUACGGCGGCUGCGCUAGCAAUAGCUAAACUUUUUGACCUAUACAAUUGGACGUCAUGUAUUAUCAUCUAUCAAAAUGAUGCAUUUGGAUUGGGUGGAACAAAAGCAAUCAGCGACACGUUUGAGAAGAAUAAUUUGACCGUGGCAGAAAUGAUAGUAUUCGAUACUAUGACACGUUCUAUUAAAGGUGACUUAAGAGCUCUUUUAAUGAGCAGCUCAACACGAUUAGUCAUACUGUGGGCUGAUUCAGGCUAUUCAGCUACUAUCUUAGAACUUGCCUUACGCGCUGAUGUGCUCGGUCCACAAUUCAUGUGGAUUUUGAGUACGAAUAUUCCUUUGAAUUCUUUUCUGCCCACAUGGCGGGAACAAUUAAGUGGUAUGCUCACCCUCGAGCCGGUGGUGGGAGAUCUUGCUUAUGGACUCAUCAAUAAAACCUUACUCAACGAAGCAUAUGAGAUAUGGAAAACGUAUGAGCCUGGAUCGUUUCCAGAAUCGAAAAACGUUGAUUAUUAUGCUCUCUUUGCCUUCGAUGCAACUUGGACGCUGAUUCAAGCAUUGCAUCAUCUUUGUUCAACAACUACUCCAUGUGUUUCAUUGUUUAAUAGCUUAUACUGUUUUGAUCGACAGUUAAUCAAUUCAAGCUCAUUGUUUGACAUCAUUGAUUCAAAUACAUUUCUUGGUGUAUCCGGUCCAAUAGCAUUCAGUGCAAACACAACUGAUCGUGCUAACGGCACCUACUAUAUAGUGAAAAAUGUGCAGAGUUCUUCUAAUAUUCUAAGUUAUGUUCCAGUGCUCGUCUCAUCAGAGACAGGUGAAUGGACAGCCAAUGGACGGAUGAGUUCGAUUAUAUGGCCUGGUAAAUCGACCGUACCUCCUACUGGUUAUGCAUCAAUUUCAGGUUUAGUUCUACGAAUUGCUGUCAUCGAAGCAGUACCAUUUACAAAAUGUACAGCGAUCACAGAUGGCUAUGGACGAGCAACUCAGAAGAUAGUCGGAUAUAUUCCUGAUCUUAUAAAACAGUUAGAAAAAGCAAUGGGAUUCAUUUCAAAUAUAACGUGUUUACCAUCAAAUCAGAGUUACAAUGCACUUAUUAAUGCCGUUGCAAAUGNCCGAUUCAUGAUAGUUACUCUUAAGGGUGAUACAAGGAUCCUCGUUAAAUACCCUCUAGUUCAGAAAAAUCAAAUUUUUAUAAAGUGGGCGUUAUAG